CCUCGGGUCGGGUGGUUGGGGCCGGAGACCCGACGGGCCCCGAGGAGGUCUUAGUGCGGCGAGCCCCGCGUGUGUCGUGCCUGUGGGGACACACUCGAUGGUUUGAGUCCUAAAAGACGAUUUAAGUGGCUUCCUAACUCGGAGGAGCUCUUUCCUGCUCCCUUGCACCUAUGAUACAUGUUUUAGAAACAGAACAUUUUGGUUCAAAGAAAGAAUGGCUCUCAGUCCAUCUGUAUUUCCUCAAGAAAGUGAAAAAAAUAAUGCAAAUUGUGUGGAAACAAAACAGUCACAAACUGCUUCCAUAGCUUCCGAAGACCCUCUUCAGAACUUAUGCUUAGCGUCUCAAGAGGUGCUUCAUAAGGCUCAGCGGAGUGGGAGGUCACGGUGUCUCCAGUGCGGCAGCUCAAGGAUGUUCUACUGCUACACCUGCUGUGUCCCUGUGGAAAAUGUGCCCACCGAGCAGAUCCCCCUUGUGCAACUCCCACUGAAGAUCGACAUCAUCAAGCAUCCAAAUGAGACGGACGGCAAGAGCACCGCUGUGCAUGCAAAGCUUUUGGCGCCCGACUCUGUGAGCAUCUACACAUAUCCGUGCAUUCCAGAGUAUGAAGGGAAGGAUCACGAGGUUGUACUUGUUUUUCCUGGGCCUCAGUCCAUCUCAAUAAAAGAGGUCUCUUUUCAUCUGCAAAGGAGGAUUGAAAGUAAAGGUCGAAGCAAAACGGAUGACCUUGAUAGGCCGCCUUGUCAGCUCAAGAGAGCUAAGGUAGAGGAGGGCUGUGAUUUGAAUGAGAGCUUGUGCAAAGGCCCAGCAUUGAAAAGAGUCGUCUUUAUUGACAGCACCUGGAGCCAGACCAACCAAAUAGCCUCUGAUGAGCGCCUUCGGGAGUUAUUACAAGUUGAACUGAAAACAAGAAAAACUUGCUUUUGGCGCCAUCAAAAAGGGAAGCCAGAUACUUUCCUUUCCACAAUUGAAGCCAUUUAUUACUUCCUGGUAGACUACCAUAGUGACAUGCUGAAAGAGAAGUACAAAGGACAAUAUGACAAUCUUUUAUUCUUCUACUCUUUUAUGUACCGCUUGAUAAAGAAUGCCAAAGGCUCUGGAGAGAAGACAAAACCCAAACUCAUCCAUUAGUUCUGCACACUCCGCUUGUCAUGUCGCUCUGCUGAUGUUCACAAGCUUGCGGUUAGCUGUUUACUCUGGGGAAGUCAUGCUCAGUGCCUGGUAGAGGACUGGGGGGCGGGGGCGGGGGUUCCAGUUUUGUUCCUUUCCCCAUAUUUUUUUAAAGGAAAAUUUGAAUUUUGGCAAUUUUGAAGAGAUGGUUCUGAUUGAAAGACAGCUCAGAAGCUAUUUGCUCAGUUUGGGCAUAUCUCAGUUGCACUACAUUUUAAUGUGUUACAUUUAUGUAACUGACAUUAUAUAUGGUUAGAGAUUGUCUCAUCUUUUCACUUAUACUUGCCCUCACCUUUGGAUUUUUAAACAAAGACAGAAUCUUGGCAAAACAAAAAUAGUGAAACAUAAUUUGCUUGAGGUUAGUGGCAGAAUUGGCAGAGGUAGUAUGUUGUGCUAUCUCUGUAAGUCCACACUUCCUCCCUCUGCCUGGCCUCUGCUCUAGAAGAGAACUGGGCCAUCACAUGGUCCUGCCAGAGGGAUGCACAUAUGACCUGUUUUGGCAAGUCGGUGACCCAGGUCUAAGAGUACAUAUGCCCAACAGAAUCAGGUCUGUUUUGAUGUGCUAGGGACGCCAUAGGAGAUGGAAUUUAUUUUUCAAGAGUGAGCAAUAUGGGGUUAAAAUACAAAUUUCUUCCUGUCUGAAACAUGUCUCUAGAAAUAAAGGUAAGUUUGAAUUGAUUUAAGUAGGGCAGAGUCUGGAUUGGGGUGCAGCAGGGUGGAGGUGUAUGCUAAAGUUAGACUUCCCUGAGCCAAGUCUCUUGCCAUUCACGCAGUUCUUCAAACCAUCAGAACAGUUAAAAGGUUGAAGGAAAAAGAGGAGAGAAUAAUCUUAGCACGUCUUUGCCAUCUCACAGCCGCCAAAACCCACCUACUUCAGAUGAGAGUAUUGCAUAGCCCUGUAGCAGAGGAAACCUGUAAGAAUUGUGAACUGGCUCUACCUGCCCUGUUUCUCUCUGGUGUGAUAAACUAAAAAUGGCCUUAACCUGCUGCUCCCUGUAAGAUGGCCUUCGCCCCUUCUUUUGUUGCUUUCAAGAACCUCUCACUCUGAAUCUGAGCCAUAAACAUUUCUAAGAGGGCUGUAUUUGUAUUUUUGUGGUUUAGCUGUUGACAUAUAAAAGUGCAUGGCCAUGCUAACCUGCUGGAGGGUGCAAGGUUGCCUUUAUCCUGCCCCUGUACUCCUGUGUCGGUCAGGGGACAUGACAGCCACCUACCACCCACCUGAUACGUGUGCAAGGAGUGCCUCACGGCACUGGCAUUGAACUGUUUCACAGCAUUGCUGUGCCAGCAGACAGCCCAUCUUUGGAUCAGAUGCAUCUCAAGCAUCCAGGAAGGAUUUUAGCCCCAUUAUUUCUUAAGCUCUUGACAGAUGGCUUUGUCUCAGUUCCCAUCUUACACACUGACAAUACCAGUAGGCUUGCGGGAUUCCCUGUGGCUGCCAGAAAGGCUUUGGGACAUAAUCUGCAAUGUUAGUGAAAUUAACUAGAUUAAUGGCCUAGAUGUGUUUGACAUACUCCUUCCUUCAGAGGACUGUUUCCAGCCACUCAGCCUGCUCAUCCUGACAUGACUGGUUAGGCCAAGAGACUGACACUGUCUCUUCAUGGACUCCAUGCUACAACAGCAGAUGCUGUCCAGUGUUAGUCAGUUUGCAUUUGGUCCCCUCCUUGCUAGUUUCUCUUCCUUCUUCUCAGUGUUACCACCCAGGAUCAUGCAGUCUAAUAAAGUUGCAAAUCCAAUCCUACUCUCAGGUUCUUCCAGAGAAGCCAGCUAUUUUUUGGUGGGAUUUGGUCAGAAAAGCAGACAUCAUUUAAAGUGUUAGCAUGAUUUUUAAACAAAUAUAAUAAAGGAAUUGGGGCUUCCCUAAAGGUGAAGUUAUUGGGGGAGUAAGUCCAGAAGGCUUCAGCAGGGAAGGAUUAGAGAAAGGGACAUCAGAGCUGCUGAGUACCCAGGUCUGGCUGUGCAGACCUGGAAGGCUUCAGCUUGGGAAGCCUCUCAUUUACUCUUCCCACACAUCAAGGCUUAGUGACAGGGCCUUCUCAACCCAUUUGGAAGCCUUAAGAAGUAAUAAAAGGACUUUGCUUGGUCUUUUCUUUGAGGCCCUGUUAAUUUGGACUUUGUCCCAGGUCUGUCUUUAAUAAUCAUAUUUUAUUUGAUUAAAAAAGAGUUUCAUUUUCAAUGCAGAAUCCUAGGUUCCGUGCUUCCUCUCAGUUCCAUCUGUAUGCCACCUCAUCUCUGAGGUUCUCUCCAUACAGUGCCUUAUCUAUUGCAGCGACUAGCAGCUGGCUUCCUCGGAACCUCCCCAAAUGUCACAAGUACAGUAGGUACAUUAGGAAAACUGAUGUCUUCCAUGUUAUGGAAGGAUGAUACAGUAAUGUUUGGUCUCCAAAUACUAAUGGUUAAAUGGUUCCAAUGAAAAGUAUUGCUAAUUAUUUAAUGAACUUUAUUUUUUUUUAAUUUUUUUUAUCUUUUGAUUUUUCGAGACAGGGUUUCUCUGUGUAGUUUUGGUGCCUGUCCUGGAUCUCGCGCUGUAGACCAGGCUGGCCUCGAACUCACAGAGAUCCGCCUGGCUCUGCCUCCCAAGUGUUGGGAUUAAAGGUGUGUGCCACCACCGCCCAGCAUUUAAUGAGCUUUAAUUAAAGACCACCAGCUUAAAAAAUAAUCAUUGCCCAUUCAUAAGAAUCACUUAUCACCCAGACAAUGGAUGUAGUCCAACACAUGAAAAAUGAAAGGAAAAGCAUGGAACACAAAGGCAAAAGACAGUUGAGUAUUUUCAGGAAGAAUGUAUUUAUUAAAAAAUACAACUUGAUAGUAUGUAAUAAAAAAGAGAUCCUAGAAAUUGAGGAAUUACUGAAAUCAAUACAAGAGUUGGAAGAUAAAAUAUCAGAAUAGAAAACUAAUUUCUAAAUGCUUAAUGUUAGCCUUGUUAAAUGUUGCAAUUGAGAGCACGGACUGCCUGUACAUUACUGAAUCAAGCAAACCCAGGAACUGAAGUGUGACUGGCAGUGCUUUGAUUAGCCACACACUUCAUUGUGAAGAGAAGGUGGGAGACACAACAGUGGCAAAUUCACAAGAAGCAAGCAGCAGCAGGUGACAGGAAAGUCUGUAUACUCUGUUAAUCUGUGCAGAUAUCCAGGUUCUGGUGAUGCCGAGUUUCCUGAGGGAUUGUUGAGAGAAGUCAAAGCCCUCUUCAAACUUUUUAAUAAAAAAAAAAGAAAGAAAGAAACAA